CGUUUCCACGUCAACACAUCUGCUGUGUGCUACUGCGCCUGCGCUCAUUCUAUUCAAACCCGAACGGACUGGGAUCAAGGGAAGAAGACAGAACUGGAAGAAGACAGAACGGGAAGAAGACAGAACGGGAAGAAGACAGAACUGGAAGAAGACAGAACGGGAAGAAGACAGAACGGGAAGACAGAACGGGAAGAAGACAGAACGGGAAGAAGACAAAACUGGAAGAAGACAGAACGGGAAGAAGAAUAUCAGAAGAACCGAAACAACCUGCGAGAGUGAAAAAGCGAGCAAGAGCAACCGUUAAAGUCACGGUUAUCCACCUUCAUUUUUUUCCGGUAAAGGAUAGUGCUAUGAAAAUGAACCAGUGCGCGCACGGGAUGAUAUAUCUUGCGGUUCUGGUGGCGUUUGCCGCCUGUGACGCCCCUCCGGUACCGUUAGAUGACAUCGUGAUUGAGAAAACGUUCGUGCCGGAGCAGUGCGGGCGCGCUGUGAAAGUAGGAGACUAUGUCCGUUACCACUAUAACGGCAUGUUUCCCGAUGGAAAGAAGUUUGACUCCAGCUAUGACCGCGGUAGCACCUACAAUGUGUUUGUGGGUAAGAAGCAGCUGAUUGAAGGGAUGGACAGAGCUCUGGUAGGGAUGUGUGUGAACGAGAGGCGCCUGGUCACCAUCCCCCCACAGCUGGCCUAUGGGAAGGAAGGAUACGGUGAUGUCAUCCCUUCAGACGCAAUCCUGGUUUUUGACGUUUUGUUGUUGGAUGUGUGGAAUCCUGACGACGGGGUUCAGAGUGAGACGUACCACAGCCCUGAGAACUGCUCUAGGAAGGUAGAGGUGUCGGACUACGUACGAUACCAUUACAACGGAACACUGCUGGACGGAACACUGUUCGACUCCAGCCACACCCGUUUGCGUACCUAUGACACCUACGUGGGGAUUGGCUGGCUGAUCGCUGGCAUGGACCAGGGCCUUCUGGGCAUGUGUGUUGGGGAGAGACGCAUCAUCACCAUGCCCCCUUCGCUAGGAUAUGGAUCAAACGGAGAUGGUAGUGAUAUCCCAGGCCAGGCCUCCCUGGUGUUUGAUGUCGUCCUCUUGGACCUUCAUAACCCUAAAGACGGCGUCAGUAUCAUCAACCAGGACAUACCUCAACCCUGCCUCAGGAAGAGUGUAUCUGGGGACUUUAUCAGAUACCACUAUAACGGAUCACUAAUGGACGGGACCUUCUUUGACUCCAGUUACUCCCGUAACCGUACCUAUGACACGUACGUGGGUAAGGGCUCUUUGAUUGGUGGGAUGGACGAGGGCCUGAUCGGAGUCUGCAUUGGAGAGAGAAGACGCAUCAUCAUCCCACCUCACCUCGGAUACGGAGAGGAGGGUACAGGUACUAAGAUCCCAGGUUCUGCUGUCUUGGUGUUUGAUAUCCAUAUCAUAGACUUCCACAACCCAUCAGACCCAGUGGUGAUCACUACCACCUAUAAACCAGAGGUGUGUGAGACGCUGGCUAAGAAAGGAGACUUUGUUAAAUACCACUACAACGCUUCGCUCAUGGAUGGGUCCUUCAUCGACUCCACGUAUAACUAUGGGAAGACGUAUAACAUUGUGCUGGGAGCCAACCAGGUGGUUCCAGGGAUGGAGGAGGGGCUGAAGGAGAUGUGUGUUGGAGAGAGAAGACACCUGGUCAUACCGCCGCACCUGGGCUACGGAGAGAAGGGAGUGGAUGGUGAGGUGCCAGCCAGUGCUGUCCUGGUCUUCGACAUCGAGAUGAUGGAGAUGGAGGCGGGACUUCCUGACGGGUACAUGUUCAUCUGGAACGAGGACGUAUCAGCUGACCUCUUCACUGAGAUGGACGCAGACAAGGACCUACGGGUGUUGGCCUCAGAGUUCUCAGACUAUAUCCUGCGUCAGGUGAACGAGGGUAAAGGUCGCCUGGCCCCUGGGUUUGACGCAGAUCGCAUCAUCGAGAACAUGUUCUCCAACCAGGACCGUAAUGGAGACGGAAAGAUAACUGAGGAGGAGUUCAAACUGAAAGCCGACGAGACCCCACACGACGAGCUAUAAGACAGACCCCACACGACGAGCUAUAAGACAGACCCCACACGACGAGCUAUAAGACAGACCCCACACGACGAGCUAUAAGACAGACCCCACACGACGAGCUAUAA